AUGCUGGCGCCUGCAUGCCGUGACCGCAAUGAUGGGGACGGUGGCAGCGGCAACAGCCGCAGCAGCCCCUGCGGAGUGGCGGCGCAAGCGUUGUGCUCCUACCGCCACGGGUACGGGGGCGUCGACACUCCGGCGCUCGGCCGUGCCCUGCGGAAGCUGCAAGAUGCGCUCGAGUCCGAGGCGGCGCUCAGCUGCUGCGGAGGCGGCGACGACAGCGGCGACAUCGACAGGGCUUCCAGCAGUGGAGGGCUCCCGACGCAGCUCGAGCGCACCCUGAUUCAGCACUCCCCCGCCGCAAAGAGGGCGGACCCGACGCGGCAGCAGCGGCGCCAUGUGCAGGAGGCGGGGCAUCCCCGCGCCCCCGAGCAGCAGCGGCGGCCGGGCACGGCGUGCGAAGCGGCGGCGCUGCAGCGGGGCGCCCGGCAGCGCCGCGACGACCUGAUCCGCUCGAUGCAGCGGGACCUGCGGCAGGGUCUGGCGGACUCGCGGGGCGAGGGCAGGGAUGCGAUCGAGGCUCAGGCAGCAGCGGAGGUCUUGAGGCCGCUCCUGAAGCAGGCAAGCCUUGGCACGGCCGCUACCACAAGCGAAGCAACAGACGCCGCCGGCGCCACCGACGCGGCGGCCGCGGCGGCCGCCAUCGAAGCCAGCAAGGCGCCGCAGGAAGCGGUGGCGCAGCCGCUCACGCAGGCGGCUGUGGCGGCCGCGGCUGUGGCGCUGCAGCAGCUGUUGCUGCAGGGGGCUUUGAGAGAUGAGGACACCCGUGUAAGGGAGCAGAAAUUGGUCUUAGAGCUCAAGGCCGCCCAGCAGCAAGCGCAGCAGAUGCAGGGCCUGCUGGAAGAUGCCGGCCGGAAGCUGGCGGCGGCGGACGCCUCUGGCAAGGAGGCGUGGCGGCUGCGGGCUUCCGACGCAGCGGCGGACCGCCUGGCGGCGGAGGCUGUCAGCAGCUCGUUGCUGGAGGCGGCCCGCGAGCGGGAAGAGGCGCUGCAGGCGCGGCUGCAGGAGUCCGAGGCGCGGGCCGCCGAUGCGGCGGCGAGGGCGGGCGCGGCCGAGGCGGCGGCGGGGGCGGCAGAGGCGGCGACGGCGGAGGCGCGGCGGCGGGUGGACGAGGUGCAGCGGGAGGCGGACGCUCGGCAGCAGCAGGCCGACCAGGAGUGGGGCAGCAGGCUGCGCGACCAGGCCGCCAGCGCGGACGCGCGCGCGCAGGCGCUGCAGCAGCGCGCGGCACAGCUCUCCCUCGCAUUGGACGACGCCACGCGCGGCGCCGCGGAGGCUGCGCGGGUUGCCGCGGCGGACGCCGCGCGUGCCGCCGAGGCGGGGGAGCAGGCGAGGGCUGCGGCGGUGCUGGACGCCCGGCUGGAGGGGCGGCGGCAGCUCGAGGAGGCGAAGGGCAGGUGGCAGGCGGAGCGGGACGCCUUGAUUGAGCGCAUGGCGGCAGAGAGGGCGGGGGCGGAGCUGGAGGCCCGGCGCGCGGGGGACCAGCAGCGGCGGCGGCUGCUGGACGCGGUGUCCGAGCUGGAGGCGCAGCGGGGGCACCUGGCCGCGCGGCUGGCGGCCGUUUUGGGGAGCCAUUCGCAUGGUCCGGAGGCAGCAACAGCAGCGACAGCAGCAGCACCGGAACAGGGUGGGGGCCCAUGCCUUCCGCCCUCUGGUGGCGGGGCGGCGCUCGGUAAUGUCAGUUUAGACGGCGCCGCCCUCAGGGCCAGCGCAGCGGCGCCUAGCAGGGCCACUGGUGUGGGCGGCGGCGGCGCUGAGGGCGGCAGGGACCAGGGUGGCGAGGCGGGCGCUGCGCUGCAGCGCGUGCAGGCAGAGGCGUACCGCCGGCAGGCAGCUGCGCUGCAGGCUGAGCUGGAGCAGCUGCACAGGGCGCUGCGCGAGCAGAAGAGCGCCACCGCCGCCGCAGAGGCCGCCGCCCGCGAGGCGCGCGCCGCGGCUUCCGCCGCCGCCUCGGCGCUCGACGACCGCGCCGCGCAGUGCGGCAGGCUCCAGGCCGAGGUGCUGACUCAGCGCCACGAGAUGGCGGCGGCUGCAGAGCGCGCGCAGUGGGAGGCGGAGGCGGCGCGGGCCGAGGCGAGGCGCGAGGUCGAGGCCGCAAUGGCGGCGGUGCAGCUGAUAACGCUGAAGCAGCAGCGGCUUGCUGGUGCGUUGCGCGCGGCGGAGGCGGCAGGUGAUGGAGGGGAGGCGGGCGAGGGGCCGGGGCUGGCGCUACCAGGAGAUCAUCAGCAGCACUGGUUUGGCUGA